UCUGCUCGUAAUCAAUCUCCCAACUCGUUUCUGUUCGGAAUUGCAAUAUAAUUUUGUUUAAGAGUAUAUAAAAAAAAUAUCGACAUAAGUCAAUUACAUCAUGACGAGAUACUUAAUAUUUUUGUCUUACAUUGGUACCCGUUACAGGUAUUUACAGGGGAAUACAAAAACUCACAUUAAAACAAAAAUUACAAGAUACCGAUACCAUUCAAGGAGCAUUAGAGUUGGCAUUGAUGACAGUACCAGGAUGCACAAAUAAUCCAGUAUUUUCAACUUCUAGCAGGACAGAUGCUGGAGUUCAUGCAUUAUGUAACAGUGGCCACGUGGACCUCACAAAUAAGUAUAAUAAGGUCUAUGAACCAGUAUCAUUAAGAGACUGGUUGAAUCGUUACUUCAAAAAUUGUUCUCACGAAAUAAGAAUUUUAUCAUGCAUACCUGUGAUGCCUGAUUAUCACAGUAGAUAUAAUGCAGCUCAUCGUACUUAUAUAUAUCGGCUACUGGUCCCUAAGGAUAAUUGUGAGAAGACAUUACCUGUGAAUGAAAUAGAUCGUUGUUACCUCUUGAAGUCUUCCAACUUUGACGUAGACAAAGCAAGAAGCGUAUUACACCUUUUUCAAGGACGUAGGGAUUAUAAAACCUUUACACGUAUUUUGUCGAAUGAUACAAGAAUUAAGUUUGUACGAAAGUUGGAGCAAUUGACCAUUGAAGAAGGUCGUCCUCUACUACCAGAAGAUCCCCAUGCUACAAACUUUCAUUACUGGAAUAUCGUUUGUUCUGCUAAAGGAUUUUUGUAUAAUCAGGUUCGUCGAAUUGUUGCAUCUCUAAUCGCAGUAGGGCAAGGUCUUUUGACGGAAAAAGACGUUUACGUUAUGUUGACAGUUCCCUCAACAUCAAACUGGAAUACUCGAGCUUCCACAGCUCCAAGUUGUGGUUUAUUCCUUACUAAAGUGCACUAUGAUCCUGAAAACUUGAGAAAGAACACAUUGUCAGAAAGUUUGGAAGCACAGUUUUGCCUAAAUCGAGAGAAAAAGAAAAAAAAUAUCUCUGUAUCUUGAAACCUAAUAAUUCAAUACUAGUCUAAUUUAUUGAUCUAUCUACUUCAAACUAUUGGAUUACGAACAUAGUAUGCACAAGAAGCACGAGUCAUAUUGUUUGUAUCAAUUGGACGUUUGCCUUGUUGUAAAAUACUUUAAUACUACCAACACUACUCAGGAAACAGGGGAAUCCUACUUGGGGAAACAUUGUUUAGUUAAUAUAAAAUUAAAUAUUUUUAGUUCCCCUUGUAUUUUUCUAAGUACAAUGUUUCCUACAUUUGUUGGAUUAACUGGAUUCUAUCCAUUUUAUUUAAUUGAAAAUAAAGGAAACAUUUUCUUAACGAGACGAUCUGAUACAUUUAAAGCGUAGAGAAAUAUUUUAGUUAAUAGCAGCAGA